AUGCAGAACCCCCUAGGUAGCCAUACCUCCGUCACGCACCCUUCCCUCCAUAUUAGGGACGCCAACGAUGCCCACAUCAUCCUUGAAGCCGUACGACUCAACAUACUUCCUCUCAUUAAGCGUCGACUGGCCACCACGGAACGCGAACAACUGAAAACAGGCAAUGUCUUCGUUUGGGAGGAAGCGGAAGACGACGGUGGCUUACUCCGGUGGACGGAUGGUCGACGAUGGUCACAAAGUCGAAUGAGAGGGGACUACCUCUAUUACGAAGAGAAGGUCGAGACUACACAAGACGAAAAGGACGCUAAAGCCGCCAGAAGGGCGAGAAGAGCAUCGGACCCCACCGCCAUCAUCCCCCCGCCAACGCGGCGAAAGGACCGACCGACGAAGCCCAAUGGGUUGACAAAGCAGACAUACUCUGCGUUGGUACAGCUACCGGGCUCUCCGUCUCCUAAAAAGUGGCACGUUGUCGCAUAUUUCUCGGGGAAUGACUAUACGAGAUUGCCCGUCAUCGAGAACUACGAGUACUUGCGUAAUGUAAGGGUUCCACCUGGCAUUUACGUUUCUAGCAAAGCAGGCGCUCGAUUAGACCAGAUGCCGGCAUUUCCUGAAGAAAUAGACGAUUAUGGAACCCCAGAACGUCACCUUCACCCUAGUGGAGAGAUGCACACAGAUCCGCGAGUGAAGGCACAUCUCCAGCCCUACCCCGGCCACUACGCGUAUGGAUAUCCCACCUCGCCACCUUCGUCUUCGUCUUCGCCCCCCUCAUCCUUGAUGUCACGCUAUCUUUCGCCACCGCUGGCGCCAACGAAAGUUCACGACCGACAGGAAAAAGUGAUAUUGCCUCCGUUGUCAUCGCUAUGUGAUCCUGAAUCAAGACCGAGGUUGCACCAUCGGCAAACGACUCCAGCUGGACACUAUGUGCAUCCGUCAGAACGAUCUCCAACAUCCAAGUAUGCGCCUCUAUCGCCCGAAGAUCGCCGAGUUCUAGAUAGCUUCAAAAUUGUUCUAUAG